CGCCUCGUGAUGAAGUUCUUAUCCUACGUCCGACGAGGAAUCGUCACCGGGCCUACCCGGCGUCGAGCUCACGGGGUCCGAGACCCACGAUGAGCUUCGCGAGCUCGUCCGCCGCGGCUCUGUCGACGCCGCGGUCGUGUGCGUGUCCAAUGAGGAGUGCGAUCUGAGCUUGGAGCGAAAAGCCUGGGGCAACAAGCCGCUCGGCGUCAAGGGAGCGAACGCGCUCGGCGAGGCCAUCGGUCGGCCGACGUGCAAGGCGAAGAAGCUCGUCCUCGCCGGGACCCUCGUGGGCGGCGGUAUCUCCGGCCCCCCGGCGGGCAUGGGCCUGAAGAAGUUCGCCGCGGGCCUGGCUGCGAACACGUCCAUCGAAGUCUUGGAUCUCUCGAACAACGAAAUCAGCGAUUACGGCGCGGAAAAGCUCGCGGCGGCGCUCGAGACGAACCGGACCGUGAAGACGCUCAUCCUGUCCCGGAACCAGAUCGGCAUCAUCGCCGCGAAGGCGUUCGGCAAGGCGCUCCGUCCCGGCGGCAACGACGCGCUCCGCGAGCUGCGCCUGAACGAUAACGGCAUCGACUCGGAUGGGACGACCUCGCUCGCCGAAGCGCUCGCGACCAAUUCGUCGCUCAAGGUCCUGCGCUACGAGUCGGGCGACAUGUUCGAUCCCACGACCCCCGGCGGACGAGGACCUUACUCCUACCUCGGCGGCAAGGCUUUGCGCGCGCUUUCCAAGGCGCGUCCGGACCUAGACAUCACCUUCACGUCAAAUGCAGUACAGUCAGCGCCGGGAUGUCGCAUGCAGCAUCUCCAUUACGCCGGCGGCAAGCUCGUCCGCACGGUGGACUACAAGGGCGACUCCGGACCGCCCGUCGUCACCGCGUCCUAG